AACAUUAGUCUAAUGGUUCCAUACAUCUACGGAGCUUGUGUAACAAAGAGGAGGAGGCGGCCAACAAGUCCAAUUGCUUGAACUAGCAUGCUGACACAUUGCAUCCAAUAUGCGAUCAGACUUUCAAUGCCAAUUCACCCUGUGGACGAAAUACGCAGGUUGAGGCAUUGAUUUUCAUGUCUGGGUUCAAAUGUUUCUCGUAGUGAGGCGAUCACAUCGUGUACCAGAGCCAAGGAUGCGGCCACGUAUAGUCAAUAAAAGUCUGAAACGUCUUUUGUCCUUAUCAAGUGAGACAUCGUGAAGGAGGAUAUAUUAAGAGGUAUUGAACGCACUCAGACAGCUACGGAUGGAUAUCACGGUAUCAUCUUACUCAUUGACAGUUGCGGGAGAGGCAGCCUGAUGGAAGGACGGCGCCAACACCUUUGAUGUUCAUCACCAGAAUCUAACGCCUUUGACACCAGAGCGGGUCCCUACAAGGUCGACAGGUUUGGAAGGUUUGGCGAGACUGAAGUCAAGGUACGCGGGAAGUGCGAUCAGCGGGCGGAGUCGAAUGGUUUGAAUGCCUGUGGUUUCUCAAGACUGUCGUCGAUUCAGGUACUGCGGAAGUUUGCCCAGUGGGCGUUCUGGAAACGUUUGGAAUGUUUCUCGAGACAUGUCGCAAGUUCCGGGGUUCGAUCCGUCAAACUAAAGUCAGCAAUUGUUGUUGAAACGGACAUACUGAACUGAACUGAACUGAACUGAACUGACGGACAUACUGAACUGUCAAUCUGUGACACAGGAAUUCGACAUAAAACGACUGAUGCAUUGGUUCAGUCUAACUGAGAAACUGAUACAAGAAUGAUGAAUGUUCAUCGUUAGCUACAGCUGUUAGAGUGAGAAAGUUCAUUUCGUUUGUUAUACCAAAUGCGAUAAAGAGUGACAUUUUCUUCAUUCGUGAUUUUUAUCUGCUUUCAUUUGAAACCAGUGAUACAUGUUAGUUUGAUUAAUCUGCAAGUGUUUUGGUGUGAACGAGUGACGUAUGGGAUUUAUGUGAUAGAAUUCGAGUACAUCAAAACGAGUGAUGCGUACAUCACGACGAGUGGUUGGCUCAGAUUAUUUGCAAAUUAGGUGUCAUUAAAACGAAUGUCUAUUCGACUCAUUCAGUGAGAAAGGGAAAUCCAUCAUGGAUGUCAAAGAAAAGCGAAGAGAAUCGAAAUUUGCCGCAAGGUUGUCUCAGAAACGUGACAAGGAAAAUAAACGGGCGUAUAAGUCGAACGAUAUUGCGAGACCACUUUACACGAGCUCAGAGAAGGGUAAGUCGAGUAGCCAGAAAUCAGAUCUCAAACUGGGGACUGGUACUGACCAGGUUUUAACUUGCCUUAGUGAUAGAAAUCUAAAUUAUGCAGCAACAACUUUAGAGGAAUGGGGAGUGUUUUCCGUUGGUUGGGACGAGAUUCACGGAGAUUUGUUCCAUCUGGAUGGACGCAGCCACGAGAUGGGACAAAAAUAUUGCGGAAUUUAUGAAAAGGAGGUGGAUUCACAGCUCGAGAGUGCUUUUGAUACGAUAGAGAUUGAAGAUAUUGAUAGCUGCGAUGAGAUGGAGUACGAUUUAGAUUCUUAUGAGCGAUAUACACCAAAAUACGACCGGGAUGUGAACACUUGGACUAGCUUUGCCAUGUGCCAUGUAGAUGUGGAAAGCCCGGGGAGCAUCAGUACAUUCAGUGGAGACUUUCCCAUGGAAUACUUCGCGGAUGAUAUAGUUCCUGGGACGAGUCCCCCAAGUACUGGCAACACCAUUGACACAUCCACAGAUUCUCUAAUGGAUGGUGCGAAUUCUAAAAAUGGCAAUACCACUUUAGAACCCCAUUUCAUUUCAUUAGAUUCCGAUGGCGACCCGGUUGAUUUCCUCAAUGAUAACCUUCCCAAGGUCACAGACGCACAGCUCCGGGAGCAGAACUGCCUUCGUGAUAAGAUUGAGAGUACCACCUUUAGCACAACAUCUCACCUUCAUAACAUGAAUAAUGAUGAAAUUGAACGCACUGCAAUUGACAAUCGGUGAUAGUGGAAGUAUUUUACCAUUAAGGGUCCAGCACUUCCGUUUAGAUUGGAAUAUGAGAAUUUUCGGAUUCGCGGCUCAUCUUGGCGAACUUUCACCACUAAAGUGUUGCCGUUUUAUCAUUCAAGUGAACGGUCAUCCUUAGCCCUGAGAAUGGUACACGCAUGUUGGGUAGUUUUAACUGGUGAUAGUUUAAGUUUGAAUUAUUUCCUUUUAGUUUUUCUUGCAUAUUAUUAUCAUAGUGUUGAAUACUUUGUUUGUCAGCAACUUCGGAUAAAGAAGUUCGGAACGAAAACCAUGGUAACAUGCGGACAAAGGCGAUGCGACAUCCUUGGUUGACCCCUUCCUCAUCCCAUUAAUGCGGUGAUGCUAUUACCCAGGCGGGUUUCGCUCACGCUAUCCUAAUUCCUGCAUGCAAACUUUCCCCAUUUCGAAUAAAGGAAGCAGUACUGGAGAUGAUGUCGCAAGGUUUUGCUUCAUAAAAGAUUGGCGACAAGGGAAUAAAUGGCAUGCUUGCUAUAUGUUAUCGCAGUUACCCCGCACAAUAAUGUUUUCUUCGCCGCAACAACGAUUAGGAUACACGAUAUCUAGCUGUUGGUGACAUUUUUUUGGUAUAUAAUAGGAGUUUUUCGCGAACAGUUGCUAUCACUGUCGUAGUUAAUUUUCAAAUUUAAGAUAUCAGUAAAAACCCAAAAUGAUUCUUCGCGAAAACUUGGUAUUGUUGGCAUUGCCUCCCACGCAUGCAUCUCUUGAAGGAUUAUGGAAGCCAUCGUAAUUCAAAUUUUGUAUGAAGAGCAUUUUCAUUUGCCGUUGGCUGGUACUGUAUCAAGUUUGUUAUAUACAUACAUGAUGUAUCAGAAAGCUUUCAUAAGCCGAAGGAAACAUACAAUAGGGUUUAUAUUUGGUAGCUAUGGCAUCGGGAGAAACUGCUAUUCAUGAGUCCUAUAUGAUACAGGGUCUCGAAGAAAGAAUGCAAUACUUCCUUGAGUAUGGUGGGAUCUGGUAGCGUUUGUUUGCCGUCGAGGCGGAUGGUAGUGGCUGGGGGCGUCAUCCAUAUAUUUUGGAGUUUCAAUCCUUAGGCCUUGCAAUGGUUAAGAAGUUUGAUUGGGACUGGAGGUUCAGUUUGUGACCAAUAAAAAAAAACCCAUAGUUGUGAACUGGAGGCAUUUUUAUUACCAUGUUUAUACUGCAAGUGUGGCACCAUCUUCCCUCCAAAAGUUGCAUCUGUCCUCGUUAAUACGCUGAUGUUCUAAAAGCAAUAACUCCACAAGGUACGAUUUGUAUCCAUAGUCUUUAUAGAAUAUGAAUAGAUCAACAUAUACCAAUUUUAA